UCGCACUCACAUUCCCGACUAUGAGAGGAGUGGUUCUUAUCGGUGACCCCCAACAGCUUCCCCCGACGGUCAUCUUGGAGAAUGGCACCAAUGAGGGCGCGCAGUGCCUCAAGCGGUCGCUCAUGGCACGGCUCUAUGCAGCAGGUUAUCCUUGUACGAUGCUGAAUAGGAACUACCGGAAUCAUAGCCAGAUUCUGGAAUACUUCAACCGUGCCGUGUACGGCGGUACUGUCAGGCCAAAACAGCGAUGCGCCCGAUAGGGUGGGUAGGGCUUGGGACACCUUCACUCAAGAUCGACACUAUUUCCGUGGCUGUGGUCUGGGUGGGGUACGCCGGCUGUUUAUCAGCGCCCUGGGCAACGCGGAAAAGCCGACAAAUAUUUUGUCCUGGCAGAAUGUAUCUCAGGCCCAUGUGAUCCGACAUCUACUAAGGGAGUUGUAUCGGUUCCAAACCCGCGACGGUGACCAGAUUGUGCCUGGUGAUGUCAUGAUCAUCAGCCCGUACAAGGACCAGCGAAAGCUGAUUGGGGAGAUUCUCGCUGAGCAUGGAAUCGAGUACCGCGACAGUUUUACAAUUGACGCGGCUCAAGGAUCAGAGGCGCCUCUCGUCAUCUUUUCCAUUACCAAGCCGUCUGCCGAUGCCAGCAAAGUUGGAUUCAUAGCGGAUGUGAG